AUGGAGACACCUGACGUACCAGUGGGCAACCUGAUAGACCUGGAUACGGAACCCCUGGUCGUGGUAGCGCCGUGCCCCCCUUCUCUGGACGAGAUCCUGUCACUGGAAGUCAACCCACCUGAAAAUGGCGACAGGGAGGAAGAGAUAGAGAGCGACGCUACUGAGUCCGCCGACAGCGAGAACGACAUGGUGUCGCCGAGCCGCCACAGCUGGAACCAUUCCCAGAGGUCCUCUUCUGAGUCUUUUUCAUCCAAUCAGAGCACUGAGUCCGCCCAGGAUGAGCAAAUGGCGGAGCAAAAGGAGUUCAUCCGGAAAUAUGUGGAGAAAAUCUUUACCGGCGGGGAAGACAUGGACCAGGAGGAGAAGGCGCGAUUUGGCGAGCUGUGCAGCUCUGAGAACGGGAAGGGAAGAGAAUGGUUUGCCCGCUUUGUCAGCGCUCAGCGUUGCAAUUCGAAGUGCGUCUCGGAGCAGACCUUCUACCGGCUGGUGCAGUCCUUCGCGGUGGUCCUGUUUGAAUGCCACCAGAUGGAUGAUUUUGGUCCAGCUAAGAACCUGAUGACGAUGUGCUUCACGUACUAUUACAUCGGGAAGCCUCACGUGUCCCCCACAGAGUCGCGGGAGAAGCCAGUGAGCACUGGCAGCAUUGACGCCUAUUUUAAGUCUGCCAACAGCUGGCUGGCUGAGAAGAAAGACAAUGUGGAGCGGCUACUGAGGACCACCUCCGUCACCACCGAGAACAUGAAGGGCUUUUUUGGGGGGCUGGAGAGCAAACUUAAGGGACCGCUUGCCAAGAAAAAUGGCCAAUCUGAAGACUCUCCGAGAGAGAAGCCGUCUGAUGACAUUCCCCUGCAGAGUCCCGAUGACAAGAAGGGGGAGAAGAUUUACCUGUACUCACAUCUGAAGCAACAGCCAAUCUGGCACACACUCAGGUUCUGGAACGCGGCAUUUUUCGAUGCGGUGCACUGUGAGAGACGGAAGCGAUCGCCCACAACCAGAGGGAAUGCUGGGGAGGAAGAGGAGGAGGAGAGAGAUAAGUGGUAUCACAUGACGCAGGAGGAGCGAGACGACAGCCUGCAAUUUAACGAGAACAUCACCUUCGGACAGCUUGGGACGUUCACACACAACAUGCUGGCGUUCGGACUCAGUAAGAAGCUGUGCAGUGACUUUUUAAAAAAGCAAGCUGUGAUCGGGAACUUGGACGAAGAGAAAUAUAAACAGCUCACAGAUCACAUCGAAAUGGCAGUGGAGUAG